AAGUCAGGAGAUCUGAACAUCUGCAUAAGCAAGAUCCACAUGCCCAUCCCCAUGCUCACUCCGGAAUCGCUCCACCUUGACAAUUCAUUUUCCUUGACCCGUUCAAUUUUCUUAUUUCCUUUUCAACUUCAACAGCCCAGCGACAUCACUAAAAACAAAUAGUUGAUCAUCGGCACUACCUUUAUCUACUUGAGCUUGGCUUGUUUUAUCCGUGCCCUAAAGUUUACUUCAUCUUUGCGCUUCCUAUUCCUUAUCCUUAUGCUUUAUUAGAGAUAAGCAGGCCCACACCUAACCUAACCUAACAUAAGUUUAAGCAGGUCUGUGCUUUAAUGAAUCCUCAAUCAUGUCGUCGACGAAUGCUGCUGUCGCUUGUUCAUCUUCCAGCUCAGGACGUCUGAAGGCUUUUGCGCAGACCGUCGGCAUAUCGCUGGCACUGUCAGUGCCUGUAAUUCUCUACUUGCGAGCACGACGAAAGCGCGCAGAGAGACGAGGGCGAAGCCGCUCUCCACGUCAGCGCGGCCGAUCUACUAGUUCGACGCUGAUCGCACAGCGAGGAGAAGGAUCGAACGCAGAUGAACAGAGCCAAGGCGCGGGUUCUCGCCUAGAAAAAUAUGACGGACCAGUGCUACGUGUGCAGUUGUGGCACGGGUCGCAGACGGGAACGGCCGAGGAGUAUUGCGACACGCUGAAGCAGGAGCUUAACACCUCUUUGCAACGCAUACUCGGCAUUUCGAAGGAUGCGGGUUUUUUUUCAGUGGAAAGCAAGGCACUAGAGGAUUGUGAGGAUAUUGAAGUGGAUUUUGGAAAAGACGAAGAGAGCACAACCGACGAUGAUGACACUGAGGAAUCUUCAAAUAGUGAAGAAGAAGAUCACACUUGUAGUGCUGCUGCGAGAGGAGGUGAGGCACAAGGUGCCACAGCUGCCGCGACCGAGAGUUUGCCAUUGCGACUCCAUGUUUUCCUGGUUUCCACGUAUGGAGAAGGUGAUCCGGCUGAGACGGCGGAGGAUUUCUAUAAUGCGCUAGCGGAAAUGGUAGAAGACGAUGUUAGCACGGCAAAACGACUUUUUGGUAAGGCUAACACGCGCUCAGCCGUCUUUGGCUUCGGCAAUAGUGGAUACGUCCACUUUAACGGUGCGGCAAAAACUUUGUUGAAGCACCUCGACGCGGCCAAGGCCAAGCAGCUCUGCCCUGCCGUGUUGUUAGACGAUAUGACAGACCUAGAUGAACAGUUCAAUCCUGGAGUCGAAACUUUGGUUGCCGCACUCCAAAAAUGGGUAGUCGGAGAUUUGUUGGCAAAAGCCGGAGAAGCAGCCUCUAUUACUAGUGCAAGUCUCUGUUCUAUGCUGCGACGUCGGUUCUUCCCGUCGGACGAUGUUUGGACCAACAUUCUCAAGGGCGUGGCCCAAGAGGGCCAGGAGGAGUCAGCCGCAGAGAUGCAGCGAAGAGUUGCACCGCUCAGUGGUUCGCUUGUCGUGACAUCCCCUACAACUACGGACGAGAAGGCUUCCAGCAUUUCAAAGGCCAAAAAUUCAUCAUUCACGUUUCCCCAGGUCGUAGCAAAAGAUAUUCCGGCGCAGGCGUUGUUUGAUCGCCAUGAGCUUCGAGUACUUUCCCGCAUCAUGCUCUGUGACAAAUACCAAACCGUCAGCGGUGAAGAGAAAACUGGGCCUAUUUUUACGACUCCUGCUAGCGCAGACGCAGAAUAUCCGGAUCACGGAGAAUCUGGAGGCCCAUCUGAAACUCCUGCGACGAAAGCAGCAACAGCAUCGCCUAAGGCAGCAGAGGCCCACAAGGUGAGUCGUGGGACGACGGAGGUGUUCUUGGACGUUCCCAAGCAGCACGUCGCUAUGCUCAGUGCAAAUGCAGGAGGCCCGAUCGCGCAUAAUGUAGAUGUUCUUCCCGAAAAUGAUGCCUCACACAUACAAUUCAUAGUAGACAGCUUCCUGUGGCCUUCGUCAUCCACCAAUGCUGUAGUAGGAGUUGCUGAAGAGCAGCACCAUUUAUUGUCAAAUAGGUCUAGGUCUACUACAUCUACAGCGCAGCUUUUGGAAUGGAGGUGGCACUGGGUGGAGGCAGCGCUACAAUCGCUGGAGGACGAAGUAAAGAUCAGCAGCACAAAGGUAAAGGAAGCGAAUGGACGUGUUGUCCCAGCUGACAAGCCAACACCUUCAAGCUCAUCAAGUGUGGGCAGGGCCAUUCGUAUCCCAGCAGCGUUGCUGCCAGGUUCUUCAUCGAAUAGACCUGAACAGUCGACGACGGCAGCAUCUACGACGGCUUUGAAUACUUCCGCGAAUAAAAUUUCAGUGCCUUUUCCAAGCGGUCUCAAGUUGCGUGAAAUCCUAUCGCGGUGUCUUGAUCUAAAGCGUUUUCCGAAGGCAGCUGAGGUCAAGAAAUUUCUCCCGUUCGCAAGAGACGCCGAGUCCCUGGCUUACUUGCGGGAUGAGGUUUGCACCGAGGAAAAUCUGGCUCACUUCCGCGAUGCAAGGCUGAGCUUUGCGCUCUUCUUUCGGGUCUUCCUGUCGCAACAUGUCGAACUGUCGCUAGCGCAGUUCCUCCAGUUGUGUCCCCGAAUGAAGCCACGCGUUUUCACCGCUUCUUCAAGUCGGGUAGUCGACCCAAAUAGGGUGGGCAUGAUACUGUCGGCUGUCCACGAAACAAAUCACAAGAAACUUGAUUUCAAGCUCGUCAAGAAAAUUGUACAAAAGUCGCCAGAUCACGUACACAGCACCGCCGAAGCAAGGGCACCUGCUGCUGCAAACAACCGUGGUCUUCUGGAUGAAACCAUGCUUCGAACAUUAGCCGAAGCGCACGCGGGACAGUAUCUUGGACAUUGCUCAGAUUUUUUGAGUAACGGUCCUCGAGAACCUCAUCCAAUAAGGCACUCCGGGUCUACUUUCGACAUGAGUAGCAGCGACAUUCUUUCGGUGAAGAUAGCGAAGCCAACAUUGCACUUUCCACCGAACCCCAGGGUGCCAGUCAUCCUCAUAGGCGCAGGGACCGGAUUGGCGCCAUUCAAGGGAUUUUUAGAUCAAGAGCGCAUCCUGAAGUCGAAACGCGAAAUCAUGCUUUUCUUUGGAUGCCGUAGAAGAGAUGAAGACUUCUUGUAUCGGGACUAUUUCGCAGAACUGGAUCCGAAAGCAGCUUUAGGGACAUCAAAACCCCCACAUCAAAAUUACAAAGAAGUUGUGGUUGAAGUGAAACAAGAAGAUCAAAAUUACAAAGAAGUAGCUCCAGGUCCGGCAGCACCUCCAGCACGCCAACAAUUACCAACACUGCCGAACUUCCGUUUGGUUUGCGCGUUUUCGCGCAUGAGCAAGAAUAAAGUCUACGUGCAGGACAAGUUGAAAUUGCAUACUGCUGAACUACGCGAUUUCUUAGUCGAGCAGCGCGGCCAAGUGAUCGUGUGCGGUGCAACGUCGAUGGGUCUGUCAGUCCGAGAGGCCAUCACUAUGGCCAUCGGGCGCCACGAAAUGCAAAAGCUCCAAGAGGAAAAGAGGUAUCAAGAAGAGGUGUGGGCUGUUUGAUGAUCAGGUGGGACGAGCACCGCCAGCUUUGAUGUUUCUCCCGUAUUGCUAUUUCAUUUCCAUCUAGAAUAUUUUUUGGACUUUUCCACGACUGUUGACCACUAUUGCUUUGAUGAAAAGCACCCUAUCCCGAAAAUGAUCUACUUGUUAUUUCUGUUAUUGCUGUAUGAUCCUCAAUGAUCGAUAUCGGAAAAGAUCAAAAAUUAGCAGUUGUCCGAC